AUGAGCUUAAGCGAAGCGCAAGGCUAUCUUGAUCAGAUUGCCUUGAUCGAUGCACAGUUAUCCGCGAAUGAGGGAUUGGAAGAUCGCGCUUCUCUUAUGGAAAUGCGGGCUGAUCUCGUAGAAUUGGUGCAGCUCUUGAAAGAACAGGCACGGGUUUUGUAUAGCCAUCCUAUGGUGAACGGUAUGCGGCCAUGUUCUCAUUUUCUUGCUGGAACAUGUCGAUUCGAAGGGAAGUGCAAGUUCAGCCAUGGAGAGAUUGUUUCCAUGGCCGAUCUGAAUGAAUACAAGGAGCCAGAUUUCAACACACUGACUGUAGGAAGUUUGGUGUUGGUCUCUGUGACAACAUCGCCACCUUUGUGGGAAAUUGGUCGUCUUAUGGCCAUUGAUCAUGGCGAGGUUGCUGUGAAAGUUAUUGAAGAACAACAGUGA